AUCCGCAGUUCUUUGUUUUGUUGUUGUUUGGCCCCGCAUUUCGACCGUCGUCUGGAUUUUAGUGAUAUGCGCGCUAUUCGGUGAUAAGCAGUGUACUUAACAAAUCAACGUCUGUUGACAAUAGUAAUGGCCAGCGGGAGCAGCUCGCGAUGUUAAAAUAGAACCCCCAAUACCAAAAAGGCGAACGGGACGAACUGCAAGUGCAAGCUGCAGUGUAUACGCGCUUCAGUGCAGCGCCGAUCAACGGAACGGAACGGAUCCGAUCUGGACUGGACUGGACAGAGCUAGCCCUAGAAUAGCCAGGCUAACACAUCGGCAGCCAUGAAGUUCGCCGAGCACCUGUCGGCGCACAUAACGCCUGAGUGGCGCAAACAAUACAUCAACUAUGAGGAAAUGAAGGCCAUGCUGUACUUGGCCGUGGAGGAGGCGCCAUCGGUGGAGAGUGUCGAGGACGAUGUGCUGAAGCGGCAUUUUGCCAACUUCGAUGAGAACUUCUUUCACUACUGCGACAAGGAGUUGAAGAAGAUCAAUACAUUCUACUCGGAAAAGCUGGCAGAGGCCACGCGAAAGUUCGCCACCCUGAAUGCUGAGCUGAAGACCUCCAUUGAGGAGUCGGAGCGGAGUGCCAAAAAGUCUAAGGGACAGAAGAGGCAUGCGGCUCUGCCGGAUCGCAAGGCACGCGAACUGAAGUUGGCCUUCAGCGAGUUCUACCUGAGUCUGAUCCUCCUGCAGAACUACCAGAAUCUGAAUCACACCGGCUUUCGUAAAAUACUCAAGAAGCACGAUAAACUUUUGCGAGUGGAUAGCGGUGCCAAGUGGAGACAGGAAUAUGUGGAGGCUUCGCACUUCUUCACCAACAAGGACAUCGACAACAUCAUCAAUGAGACGGAGACGACGGUAACCGGCGAGCUGGAGGGCGGUGAUCGGCAGCGGGCCAUGAAGAGGCUCCGAGUGCCGCCGCUGGGCGAACAGCAGAGUCCGUGGACAACCUUCAAGGUGGGCCUCUUUUCCGGCAGUUUCAUAGUGCUGGGCAUUGUGGUGGUGCUGUCGGCCAUCUUCCACGAGAUCAGCGGCGAGAACCUGAAGGUCACAUUCCGCCUGUACCGCGGACCCCUGCUCAUCAUCGAGUUCAUCUUCCUCAUCGGCGUCAAUAUCUACGGCUGGCGGUCGUCUGGUGUGAAUCAUGUCCUGAUCUUCGAGCUCGAUCCGCGAAAUCAUCUAUCCGAGCAGCAUCUCAUGGAGCUGGCGGCGAUUUUCGGGGUCGUUUGGACGCUCAGCAUGUUGAGUUUCCUGUACAGCGCCAGUUUGGCCAUACCGGCGUUCAUCAAUCCGCUGACGCUCACGCUGAUUAUGGUGCUGUUUUUGGCCAAUCCAUUUCAUGUGCUCCAUCACGACGCUCGGUUUUGGCUGUGGCGAAUCACGGGUCGUUGCCUGUCCGCGCCGUUCUUCCACGUGGGCUUCGCCGAUUUCUGGCUGGGCGAUCAGCUUAAUUCGCUGGCCACAGCAAUCCUGGACUUCGAGUAUCUCAUUUGUUUCUAUUUCACGAAUGGCAACUGGACGGAGGCGAGGGAUGCCUCCAUUUGCAUGGAGAAGGACUUUAUCAUCCGGCCGAUUGUCAAUUGCCUGCCCGCUUGGUUCCGAUUUGCACAAUGCCUGCGGCGAUAUCGGGACUCACGGGAGGCCUUUCCUCACUUGGUCAACGCUGGCAAAUACUCCACCACCUUCCUGGUAGUGAUCUUCGCCACCCUCAAGAGCUUUCACAGUCCCAACUAUGCCAGCACAUUUGACAAUCCCUACACCUGGCUGUGGAUCAUCGCCUCGAUUGUGUCCUCCUGCUAUGCCUACACCUGGGAUAUCAAGAUGGAUUGGGGUCUGUUCGACAAGAAUGCCGGCGAGAAUACUUUCCUGCGCGAGGAAGUUGUCUACUCAUCGACGGGUUUCUACUACUUUGCCAUUGUUGAGGAUCUGGCGCUACGCUUUAUUUGGGUGCUGUCUUUCUACCUCACCGAGAUGAAAAUAGUGAGCAGCGACAUUAUGACCUCCAUCACAGGCAUCCUGGAGGUUUUCCGCCGCUUUGUUUGGAACUUUUUCCGGUUGGAGAACGAGCAUCUUAACAAUUGCGGCAAGUUCCGAGCCGUGCGAGACAUCUCGAUAGCCCCGCUGGACUCCUCCGACCAGGCGCUCAUCCUGCGCAUGAUGGACGAGGCCGACGGGGUGAUCAAUCGCUACACGAAGACGAACCGACCCAAGCCCAAGAAGGUCAAGGAUCCGGAGAAGCGGAGCCUGCUGCAGACGCGCGGAUCCCUGCCCGAUCUCAGGAUCGAUAUGGACAGUAAAAAAUUGUAGGCAGCGAUGGCCGCCCGCCGAAUUGUGCUUCCUAACGAAAGAUUUUGCGGAACGUGUUAUACGACAGUUUAUCGAUAAUUCAAUUUACACUAUUUUUUUAUUAAUUUUUUUUUGCGUUGUUUAGCUAAUUUGUAUAUUUAGUGACUAAGUACUUAAAGUUGAGGAGAGACAAUGUCCAGCAAUAAUUAGUGCAUAAGAACUCUAACUAAUUUAGCAUUCCAUUUAUGCGGUUAACUAACGAAAAAGACCAAACCUAUACUUGUAUCUAAAACCUAUGCCCCGUAACCUUUAGCCCCUAAGCCACAUUUCCACGUUUCCAAAUCCAAUUCGAUAUCCAUACCUUCCACAAAAAAUUGGAGUAGCGAACGGCAGUAUUAGUACUUAGAAAAGGCGAACAAAAUAACAGAAAUCAAAGCAAAAAAAAAAAAGAAAAAACAACCUGCACUACCUGCAGCCACCACAUUCCUUUAUCUUUCAGUGUAUGUUCAUCGUUAGUCAAUUAGUUAGAUUUGCCCCCAUCUGUUAUCUGUCUGUCCACCUGUUGAUUGAAAUACUUGAUAUACGAAAUAGACUGUGACCAAACCGAAACUUAAACUGAAACUUAAACUUAAAUUGAAACCGAAAGGAUUGUACAUAGUAUACAUAAAGUAGUGCCUGCCUGUGCUUUUCUCUCAGUGUGUGUGUGUGUGCAAGGUACAGAAUUCCACGGUAGAUUUGAUCAAAUAUUGAGAACAGACUUAAAAAGUAUAAUGUUGUACAUACGAACCGUACAUAUGUCUACAUAAAUUAUAUACACAUAGGCUUAAGAACAUUUUGUCAGAUAUUUAAUGAAGACUUUGUCGAUUUUUGCCAUAAGUAGCUCGUAUUUUGAGCGCCAAUUUGCCUUGUCAAAAUAGAUGCUUCUAUUGUGUAAAACUGCUUUUGAUAGGAAACAAAAAAAAAAUAGUGCA